CUUGUAAAUACAAAUAAUUACAUUUUAAUAGCUAAAGAAAAUGAACAAUGAAAAUAAAAUUAGUAGUAAUAUUAAACCACAUGGCUUUAAAAGACAAUUAGAAGCAGACAAAAUUAUAGGAGCGACUGAAUCCAAUGGAGAAUUGAUGUUCCUUAUGAAAUGGAAAGGAACUGAAGAAACUGACCUUGUUACAGCCAGAGAAGCAAAUCUACUUUGUCCUAGAGUUGUGAUACAAUUUUAUGAAGAUAGACUGGUGUGGCAAACUGCAAAAUUACCAAUGUAAUAAUUGGAUAACUUGCUUCAAAGAUAAUUUAUUUUGCUUAU